CGCCCCGGGAAAAGGAGAGAGGAAGGGGUGGCGCGGCGACCGCGGGAGAGCGCAGUGCCCCGGGCGAAAAUCUGCUUGGUCCCAGGCAGCCACUGCUGCCCCUUUGAUGUUUUGGUACGCCGUGCGCAUGCGCCUCACAUUAGAAUUACUGCACUGGGCAGACUAAGUUGGAUCUCUUCUCUUCAGUGAAACCCUCAAUCCCAUCAAAAACUAAAGGGAUGUGGAGAGUCCGGAAAAAGGGCUACUUUGGGAUUUGGUCAUUCCCUUUAAUAAUCGCCGCUGUCUGUGCGCAGAGUGUCAAUGACCCUAGUAAUAUGUCACUGGUUAAAGAGACGGUGGAUAGACUCCUGAAAGGCUAUGACAUUCGUCUGAGACCAGAUUUUGGAGGUCCCCCCGUGGCCGUGGGAAUGAAUAUUGACAUUGCUAGCAUCGAUAUGGUUUCUGAAGUCAAUAUGGAUUAUACCUUAACAAUGUAUUUUCAACAAGCCUGGCGAGAUAAGAGGUUGUCCUACAAUGUAAUACCUUUAAACUUAACUCUGGACAAUAGAGUAGCAGACCAGCUCUGGGUGCCCGAUACCUACUUCCUAAAUGAUAAGAAGUCAUUUGUGCAUGGAGUGACCGUCAAGAACCGCAUGAUCCGCCUGCAUCCGGAUGGGACUGUCCUUUAUGGCCUCAGAAUCACAACCACAGCUGCCUGUAUGAUGGACCUACGGCGGUACCCACUGGAUGAACAGAACUGCACCUUGGAAAUUGAAAGCUAUGGAUAUACAACUGAUGACAUUGAGUUUUACUGGCGUGGCGAUGAUAACGCAGUAACAGGAGUGACAAAGAUUGAACUUCCACAGUUCUCUAUCGUAGAUUACAAACUUAUCACCAAGAAGGUUGUUUUUUCCACAGGUUCCUAUCCCAGGUUGUCUCUAAGCUUUAAGCUGAAGAGAAACAUCGGUUACUUUAUCCUGCAAACGUACAUGCCUUCCAUCCUGAUCACUAUCCUCUCCUGGGUCUCCUUCUGGAUCAAUUAUGAUGCUUCAGCUGCAAGAGUGGCAUUAGGAAUUACAACUGUCCUAACAAUGACCACCAUCAACACCCAUCUCCGGGAGACGCUCCCUAAAAUCCCCUAUGUGAAGGCCAUUGACAUGUACCUGAUGGGGUGCUUUGUCUUUGUUUUCAUGGCCCUUCUGGAAUAUGCGUUGGUCAACUACAUCUUCUUUGGGAGAGGACCCCAGCGCCAAAAGAAAGCAGCUGAGAAGGCUGCCAGUGCCAACAGCGAGAAGAUGCGCCUCGAUGUCAACAAGAUGGACCCCCAUGAGAACAUUUUGCUGAGCACUCUUGAGAUAAAAAAUGAAAUGGCCACAUCUGAGGCUGUGAUGGGACUUGGAGACCCCAGGAGCACAAUGCUGGCUUACGAUGCCUCCAACAUCCAGUAUCGGAAAGCCGGCUUGCCCAGGCAUAGUUUUGGCCGAAAUGCUCUGGAACGACAUGUGGCACAAAAGAAAAGCCGCCUGCGGAGACGUGCCUCCCAACUGAAAAUCACCAUCCCCGACUUGACUGAUGUGAAUGCCAUAGAUCGGUGGUCCCGCAUAUUCUUCCCAGUGGUUUUUUCCUUCUUCAACAUCGUCUAUUGGCUUUACUAUGUGAACUAAAACAUAGCCUCUCAUGAGAAGCAAGGACUAGAUUCCUCCUCAAACCGGUUGUACAGCCUGACGUAGGACUUGGAAAACACAUUAAUCCAGGACAAAAGUGAUGCUAAAAUACCUUAGUUGCUGGCCUAUCCUGUGGUCCAUUUCAUACCAUUUGGGUUGCUUCUGCUAAGUAAUGAAUACACUAAGGUCCUUGUGGUUUUCCAGUUAAAAUGUAAGU